AUGUGGAAGACUGUGAUAUUGCUGGCCCUCGCUGCAUCAGUCGGGGCCUUGCUCGAAGGUCCGAAUGUCUGCACCAGGCAGGAGACCUACACAACAACAAUAAGAGUGUCUGAGAAACAACCGUACCAAGUUAAAGAAUACGCUUGGUGUUUCAAUGUGCCCCCACGAUGUUCGAAAUAUAAGAUAAAGUUCAAGGAGGUAUUGAAGACACAGAUUCUAGUGAAGCAGAGACCGGUCGAGGAAUGUUGCGAUGGCUACACGCCGGAUUCCGAGGGGAAACUUUGUGUACCGGUGUGCGUGGAGUCGUGUGUGCACGGGAAAUGUGUGGCGCCGAAUACGUGCGCCUGUUCGCACGGAUAUGGGGGACCCGCGUGUGACAUAUCUUGCCCCGACGGUAAGUGGGGUCGUCACUGUCAGAACGAGUGUAGAUGUAUGAAUGGUGGCACGUGCGAGCCGCUUACGGGCGAGUGUGCGUGUACGGCGGGGUGGCGCGGGGACGCGUGCGAGCGUGCGUGCGCGCCUCCCACGUUUGGAGAUAACUGUGACCAGACGUGCCAGUGUCGGAACAACGCGACUUGCAACCCUGCGAGUGGGGCGUGCAGGUGUCAGCAGGGCUACACUGGACCGUUAUGUGAGGAGGAGUGUCCUGUUGGCGAGAAGUGUCCAGACAGAUGUCGUUGUCAAAAUAACGGAAAGUGCAACUUUUUUACCGGAUUGUGCGAGUGCACUGCGGGCUGGACGGGAGAUGUCUGCGCCAAUAAAUGUCCUGCCGGUAGAUGGGGAGAUAAAUGUGAGCAGACGUGCGAAUGCGCCAAUGGUGCGAGAUGUCACCAUGUGACUGGACAAUGUCAGUGUGAAGCUGGAUUUAUGGGAGAAAAGUGCCUGGAGGCGUGUCCGCUGGGCACGUUCGGCGUGGGGUGCGCGGGGCGGUGCGCGUGCUCGCACGGCGGCGAGUGCUCGGCGCGCGACGGUACCUGCGCGUGCCGGCCCGGCUGGCGCGGCGAGCGCUGCGAGCGGCGCGCCUGCCCGCCCGCCAAGUGGGGCAAGCUGUGCGAGCGCGACUGCGAGUGCAACCCCGCCACCACCGACAUGUGCGACCCGUGGACGGGCGCGUGCGAGUGCUCGGCCGGCUGGCUGGGCGAGUUCUGCACGCGCCAGUGCCCGCUGCUCACGUACGGGAAGGGCUGCCGCGCCACGUGCCGCUGCGAGAACAGCGGACACUGCUCGCCCGUUAACGGCUCGUGCCUGUGCGCGCCGGGCUACCGCGGCCAGCACUGCCAGGAGCCGUGCCCGUUCCCGCUGUACGGCGACAACUGCGCCGACACGUGCGACUGCCAGAACAACGCCACGUGCUCGCACGAGACCGGCCAGUGCGAGUGCAAGCCCGGUUUCGAUGGAUUGAAAUGCGAUCGACCGUGUAAUGGAAAAACCUUCGGUCUUCGGUGUCUACAGCCAUGCGAUUGUGAAAACGGAGCUCCUUGUAACCCUGUUAAUGGCGAGUGCGUGUGCGGGCCGGGCUACGAGGGCCCGCGCUGUGAGCGCCGUUGCCGAGCCGGCUUCUACGGGCAGAAUUGUUCGACGCCUUGUGACUGCAAACAGAACGCUGUGGGCUGCCACCACGUCACCGGCGCCUGCAUCUGCGAGAGCAGCUGGAAAGGCGUGCAGUGUGAGACGCAGUGCGAGGCGGGCCGCUUCGGCGAGCAGUGCUCGGAGCGGUGUCCGUGCGCCAACAACUCGUCGUGCGACGCGGCCAGCGGGCGCUGCGUGUGCGCGGCGGGUUGGCGUGGCGAGCGUUGCGACACGCCCUGCGAGCCCGGCACCUACGGCGCCGCCUGCAAGCAGCUGUGCCCGCACCACCCGCUCGGUAACGUGACGUGCGACCCCGUGACUGGGCAGUACACAUGCCCCAGCGGCUACACGGGCAUGAACUGCGAGUACCCGUGCCCCCUCGGCACGUACGGGGAGGGUUGUCUGCAGCGUUGCAACUGCAAGAACGGCGCCGACUGUCAUCAUGUUACCGGCACGUGCCUGUGCCUGCCGGGCUGGCGCGGGCCCGUGUGCGGCGCGGCGUGCGCGGCGGGCUGGUGGGGCGCGGACUGCUCGCAGCCGUGCCGCUGCGCGCGCGGCGCCGCCUGCCGCCCCAACGACGGCUACUGCCGCUGCCCGCCCGGCUACACCGGCAGCUACUGCACGCAGUUUUGCCCGGAAGGCUACUUUGGCGACCACUGUAUGGAGGCGUGUAACUGCUCCUCGGAGGGCAACUGGGUGUGUGACCCUGUCAAGGGAUGUGUUUGUCAACGCGGGUUCAUCGGAGACCGUUGUGACAUUAACGCCAAGGACGCCAUCAUCAUCGACCGGGCUAACAGCGGGUCGAGUGCGGGUCUGACGGCGGUGCUCGUGGUGCUGGUGUGCGCGUGCGUGGCGGGCGCGGCGCUGCUGCUGCUGUACUACCGCAAGCGCCUGCGCAACCUGAAGCGGGAGAUCGCACACGUGCACUACACCGCAGAUCCUGGCUCGCAACCCGAACAACAGCACUUCGACAACCCUGUGUACUCGUUCCAAGGAUCAACGCGUGGAGACGACUCUGCAACGUUACUAAAUAACUCCACUCACAUCUUCAACAACUUGGGUACCGGCAGCAAGAUAAAUAACGCUACUUUGGAGAGAUUGAGAAUGACUGCGACUUCCUCAAAUGGAACCCACUAUGAUCCAAUGUCAUCGCUCAAGAAUAAGGACGCUGAUUUAACUAACCCCAACUUAUACCACUGCAUAGAUGACGACAAUAAGCUGGACCAUGUGUAUGAUGAGAUAAAACAUAAGGAGGGAUAUGAGAUGGAGUAUGACCAUUUGAACUACACGCCUCCAGCGAACACCUGGAAGCCGCACUACCAACGGAUGAAUAACGGUAUCGUUGGACUGACACCCGACGCCGCUGCGCCCACGCCUACACCCACGCUGGGACCCGUGCCCACGCCCACUCCCUCAGGACCAGUGCCAACGGCCACACCGCCCAUCCCGCCGUUACCCAAGCUUCAUGUUCCGCUGGGACCAGGCUCUGAGCUCGAACCACUCACUGUCCCGCCGGGACCAGGUUCUGAGCUCGACCCACUCACUGUGCCGCCGAUACCGCCUCUGCGGGACGAUCCGCCCUCUGACGUCAGUCCGACGCCGUGA